AUGCUGAGCUUUUCAGAUGGGUGGAUUGCAAAGUUGAAGAAGAGACUCAGAGUAAAAAGCAGAAAGAUGCACGGCAAAAGUUUCUCUGCUCCUAAAGACACCAAAGAAAUUAACCUGAGAGUAGAAGAGAUAAAGAAGAAGUUGAGAAUGUAUGAGAGAAAAGACAUUUUCAACUUUGACGAAACUGGUCUUUUCUAUAAGCAGCCACUAGUUUCAACCAUAUCAACAGCAGCAAUUUCUGGUCAGAAGACCGAUAAAGUUCGACUAACAGUUGCAUUGAUUUGCAACUCAGAUGGCUUCUGGAAGCUGAAGCCUUUCAUCAUUGACAAAUAUGCCAAGCCUCGCUGCUUUGGCAAGAAGAAUGGUAAGUUAUUACACUAUUUAUAUUAUUAUAACAAUGAUAAAAGCUGGAUGACAGGUACCAUAUUUAAAGAUAUAUGCAAGAUAAUUGACUGUUGA